AUGGAAGCCCCUACAGGAGGGAUGGCAGGUUUGGGCUCACUGGGAGCGACAGAAGCACUGUCAGUGGCUCAGGCACUAUCACUGCCAGCAGAAUCCUAUGGCAAUGAUCCCAAUGUGGAGAUGGUUUGGGCCAUGAAGGCCUAUCAGCAUGCGGAGGUUUACUUCAAUCUUAUAGGUUCUGUGGACCCACGUCACCUAAAACUGACGAAAAAAGAUGAUGUCAUUUAUGCAGCAUUUAGAGGUGAUUUUCCUGAGCUCUGUAUUAAUGUUCUGGAUCCAGAAAAUCUGAAAUCUCCAGCAGCCAAAGAGAAAUGGCGGCCUUUCUGCAUGAAAUUUGAACACGAAGUAGAAGACUUUAAUUAUGGAACAUUGUUAAGACUGGACAGCAGCAAAGAGUACACUGAGGAAAACACCAUCUUCGUUUUCUGCAGACCACCUGUAAUGGAAGGGGCCUGCUGGGUGCUCCCACAGCUCUGCUUAGGCUAUGAAAAGCACAGUCCUGAUGUUGCUGCUACUUUUACCAGGUAA